GGACGGGCGCCUCCCAGGGCAAACCGACCACUGGCUGAAGCCUGAGGACACCAGGCCCAGCCGGUGGCGAUGCCCCAGCCCCAUUCCUGCUGCCCCAGGGGUGCGCCCCAGGCCCCAGCCCUGGGCAGCUCCUUUGCCCAGAUCACCGCCCGGUUCCUGCGCGUCACCAAGAUCCACGGCCUGCACCACAUGGGCUCCCACCAGCAGUCACGUCCGCGGUGCCUGCUAUGGGGCCUGGCCUUCCUGCUCUCGCUCGGCCUCCUGGGCACCUGGUCCAGCAACCGUGUCCGCUACCUGCUGUCCUGCCCCGUGCACAGCCGAGUGCGCAUGGAGUGGGCGACGCGGCUGCGCUUCCCGGCCGUCACCCUCUGCAACAACAACCCCGUGCGCUUCCCGCUGCUCACCAAGCCCGACCUGUACUCAGCGGGGCAGUGGCUGGGGCUGGCCGGGGAGAACCACUCCCUGCUGCCCGGGCUGCUGGACGGGCUGCCCGACGCCCAGCGCCACUGGCUCAGCCGCCUCGCCAACUACUCGCGCUUCCUGCCGCCGCGCCGCUCUGAGCGCACCAUGCACAGCCUCUUCCACCGCCUGGGCCACCAGAUCGAGGACAUGUUGCUGGCCUGCCGCUUCCGGGGGGAGCCCUGCGGCCCCCAGCACUUCACGCCCGUGAGUCCCCUGCCGUGGGGUUGGCACAUGCGGGACUGCGGGCUGGCGGGGGGAGGGGGGCGGCUGGCCAGAGUCCAUGGCAGGUCACUGGCUCUGUGUGUGGGGAUAGGGCGGGCUCACAUG